CUGUGAAUUUGACAGACAGAUAGUGAUGUGGCUCUUGUCAUGUCAGGAUUAGCCCUAAUUUCACAUUUAAACAUCAAAAUAUGGCAAGAUGAGUAAACUUUCCUUGCAUUUUUUAACUUUUACCUUUUUCAUAUAUUUUUCUGUAGCUCAAAUUUCUGAUAAAAGAUUAUGUGUUGAUCCGGAAUGUAAUAGUCCUGUAGCACUCGCGAAGACCUUACGAAGAUAUCACAGCCCAGAUAAAUAUAGGCUGUCAUUUGGACCUAACGAAGAUGUAGUCAUUUUUAGUAAAUCAGCCGGUUCUGAUGUAAAUCUUUGGGGUGCUGAAAUAAAUGGGAAAAGAGGAUAUGUUCCUAAAAACUUAGUGAGAGAAACUAGGAAGAUUAAACAACCCAAUUUAUUAAUAGAUACAGAAAUUACAAAUGGUUCUAAGGACCCUGAAGUGCCUUCGAAAGAAGAAAUAGUAAAUCCCACUAAAGUGAAGCAAAACUUUGAAGUUAUUGAUGGGACCACUAUAUAUACGACUGAAGAAAGUACUACUAUGGAAGAGAAUCAAAAAUACACGACAGAAAUACCUACUCAAUCUAUAGAUAGUGUCAGAAUUGAUAAUAUGGAUAAUAUUCCUAUUAAUAAUAAAGAACAAAUACUUACAUUUACUGAAAAUACAAAUUCUGAAAAUUCAGAUUUGAAAAAUUCUGUUAGAGAUGUAUCUGAAAUUGAGGAUACUGUAGAAGAAGAAAAAACUAUAAUCAAGACCUCAGCAUCAACUGAAAAUUCAUCUGAAGCUCAAAGUUUUUUAAUGACAUUGAACAAUAAAACUGAAGACUUAGAUGCAUCUAAGGCUGAGGAUAUCAUAGAUGAGGGAAUUUCAGGGGAUCAUGCAAAGGAUUCAGAAGUAGAAGUCACAGAUAUUGAAGAGAAUGCCAUUCAUUCCAAUACUCACCCAUUAACUGAAUUAAAGAACCAAGUAAGGGACUUGGGUAGUAAUGGUAGUGUAAUAGAUAUUAUUGAGACUAAAGAAGAAAUGGCAUUUGAUGAGAAUGCAAAUAGUGAAUUAAAUGACAAUUCUAAUGAUGAGUCAGCAGGUAUCAAAUCUUCUAUUGCCAAUGAGUCUAUCUUGAAAGAGAGUACAUCUACACUUCAAUUAAAUUUUGAUGUGAUUGAGGAAAGUCAUAAAGAAAUCGAUAAUAAACCUGAUAACAUUGAACUGGAUAACUUGCUCAAUGUAUCUAAUUCAGCAGAAGGUAAAUUUGAAAUACAAAAAGAUGUAUCAAAUAUUUUAGAUGGUUCAGAUCUCUUGAUUAAUGAAGAUAACUUGAAAACAAAUACGCAUGAUAGUCCACAAUCAUCAGGAUUGGACAGUAUUCAAUCUUCAGGGAGUGAAAUGAAAGAUGAGAAUCCAGUUCAAGAUAAUAUUCUCAAUGUUCAUUCUAUUUCUGAAAACUUGUCUUUGGAAAUAAAUUCAAAUACAUCUGAAAAAACUUCCCAGUCAGUGGAUAUUGAAUCUAUUUCAAUUAGUGACCAGUCAUCUAUAAACCCAGAAAAUAAACUUAUAGAUCACCCUCAAAUAAUUUCUGAUAUAUCUUUAGAAGUUGAAGAAGAGGGAAAAGCAAUUGUUCAUGAGAAUAAUCAAACUGAACAGCUUAAUGAAUUAAAUAAUGCAGAUGAUAUUGAGCAAAAUUCUGAUAUUUUCAAUGAUGAGAACAAUCAGAAAGAAACAUCAAAUGUUUACACUACUUACAAUGAGCUUCAAAUUCAACCAGAUACUAAUUUACCUAUUAAGAAUGAUGACAUUAUCAAUUCAAAUAUACAAAACAAUAUUGCAGAAGAUCAUUAUCAUAUUCAAAAUGACCAAAGAAGUGGUUCACAAGAGGGAGAUGAUGAAAAAAAAAAUGAUAUGGAAGAAAAAACCAAUCAAGAAACACCUACUAUUUUUUCUUCUUUGCUUCACAAUGUGGAUGAAACCUAUUCAGAACGUAAAAAAAGUGACGUAGCUUCCAAUAUAGGAAAUAUGGUUGAUAGAAAUAUAGAUGAGGAAUUCAAAGAUCAGGAAAACACUUUAAAUGGAGAUGAUUUCUGUAUUAAACAAGAUUGUCCAAGCCAAAUGAAUUCUAGAUCAUCUGAAGACUUUUUUUCAUCAACAAUGGAUGCACUCAAUUUUGGCUCAGAUAUCUUCUUAUAUCUUAUAACCACUGCUGCUUCUGUUGUAAUAUUUUUAUUGGGACAUUUUGCACUUGACAAGAGCAGACGUGAAGGUCCUCUUAUUGCCAAAAUUAAUAAAUUAGAAAAAGAAUUGCUGAUUUUACUUAAGGAGAAAGAAAUACUUGCUGAACAAGUUGAGAAUAGAAAAUAUCAAGAUCAGAGUGAUGAAAGUGAUGUUUUUUUGAAAUCAAAAGAAGAAAACAGAGCUUUGGAAGAGAAAGUACAGCUUUUGGAAGAACAAGUACAAACUUUGGAAAAAGAAUUGGAAAAUUCUACAGAGGUUGGAUUAGAAUUAAACAGAAUGCUGUCUGAAGUAUUGAAUAGUGAAAAUGCAGGACAAACACUAAUGUUGAACAUAGAAGAAUUACAAACUCAAUUAGCUGAACAACAAAAUAUUGUUAGUAACAUGAAGGAAGUAUUGAGUCUAAAAGAAACAGAGAAUCAUGAACUCAAUUUAGAGUUAGAUAUAGCAAAUAAUAAAGUACUCGAUCUUCAGAAUGAGCUGGAUAAACUUUUAUUAAACAUAAUUAAGUUAGAAGAAGCUAAAGAAUCACUUGAAAAAAAUGCAGAAUCGUCAAAGAUUCAAUUGAAAGAAACCAUAAAUUCCCUAACAAAUCAAUUGGAUGAUAAUCGGAAAGAAUAUACAGAAAACAUUGAAGAAUUAAAUAGUAAAUUAUCAACUUUAGAACAUAAUCUGCAACUUAAAACUAAAGAAUAUGAAGGGCUGAAAAAUAGUAUGCAACAGAUCAAAGACAUGAAGAAUGCAAAUACACUAGAAUCUCUCCUUGAGGUUAAUUCUAUAAAAGCUGAGCUGGAACAGCUAAAGAGUGAAUGCCAAGGCCAUUGUGACAAAUUAAGAAGGGAAAAAGAAUCUAAUGCCAUUUUGAAAAAAGAGGUCAUGUCAGCAGAAGAGGAUAUUGAUAUUUUAAAAAAUAAAUUCAAUGAAACUGAUAAGACUAAACUAGAAUUAGAAACAAAAUUGCAGGUGCUGACAAAUUAUUUCAAAGAAAGAGAGGAACAACUCCAAAUGGAACUUACUAAAUAUGAAAAUAUGUGGUCAGCCAAAAAAGGUGAAGCCACAUCAACCUCGGAAAGAAUAAAAUACCUCCAGAGCGAAGUGCAAAACUAUAAGAGUCAAAAUGAAACUCUCAAACAAGAGAUAGUAUCCCAGGAAGUGGAAUUGAAAGGCCAAAUAUCGGUAUUAGAAAAGAAAGUGCAUGAAAAUUGGGUCAGUGCAAGACAAGCAGAGAGAAGACUAGAAGAGCUCAAACAAGAAGCUGCCCAAUUAAGAAAUAGGUUGACACUUAGAGAAAGAGCUUUGCAAGAAGAUAGAUUACACAAUAGAAUGCAGUCUCCUCUUGAACAAGGUGGAGAUUUACCAGUUUCUCCUCUUCAUUUAGAAUCGCCAGCAUCACCACCCCUCUUAUAUAACUCACGAGACCAUAUUACCAAAUCCCCCCCAAUUUUAGGUAUGCCACCACCAUUCUUGCCUCCUCCUAGUGGUUCUUCUUACCUCCCUCCACCUCCAUUACCAUUCAUGCCACCACCUCCUCAUGAUAUGUUUCCGGGAGAUCAUAGACCUCCGCCAUUGGGAAGAAUGUCAUCACCUCCAUUAAAUUCAAGUUAUUCUCCCACUAGACCAUAUUCUCCAUAUGAUAGGAGUCCAUCCCCCUCUUACGAUGAGUCAGAAUAUGGCACUUCACCAGUUCAUCGCAGAAAUUAUUCUCAGUUCAAUAGAAGGAGAGAUCAUAGGCCUGCAGCUAUAGAAAAAUUUAAUGGUAGAAGUGGUACAUUAAGCUCCGGCUCAGAUAAUUCGAACGAAUUUAUAGACCAAAUAAAUCAUCAGAACUCUAAAGUGUAGCAUUUAAAACCAUCAAGGAUGUAGAUAUUGAAACAUAAUAUUUAUUUUGGCUUGCAUAAAUGAAAAUAGUAUAUUGUGUCAUGUUUUGUUUUUUUGAAAUACAUUUUUUAUAAAGUGUAAAAAUUUAUUCUUGGAUGUAUCCUUUCUUUAAUGUAAUGUUUUUAUUCAUCUGCAAUUUUAGUUUGAUAUUAAUAUAAGAGACUUAUAUUUGUUGUAUGUUAUUUUUGUUUCAAAACUGUGGUAUUUAUUUGGUACAAUUAAUGCUGAUCAUAUGGAACUUUGUAUAAAGUGUAUAAACUGAUGUUGCAUAGCAAUUAUUAUAUUUAUAAAUAUCCA